UACUUCAAUGGCCAGAUGCAGCCCAAACCCCCCACCACCAUACUAAACCCCUCAGCCUCCAUCCUGACCCAAUUCCUCCCUCCAUCCCUCUCAAGAAGACACCCCACCCCUUCCUCCCUCGCCACCUCACCCCCACGCUCUCCCGCCCCAAAACCCCCCUCCCUCAGGCGGUGCAUCGCCCUCCUCCAGACAUGCAAAUCCCUCCCAAAAAUCAAGCAAAUCCACGCCCACUCCAUCCGCACCGGCGUCCCCCUCUCCGACCGGGCUUUCGGCAAACACCUUGUCUUCGCCAUCGUCUCCCUCUCCCCCUCCCCCCUCCCCUACGCCGCCGCCGUCUUCUCCCAGAUCCACCUUCCCGGCGUCUUCACCUACAACACCAUGGUCCGCGGCUACGCCGAGAGCGACAGCCCCGGCCCCGCCCUCCUCGUCCACCGCCAGAUGCUCGCUGCCGCCGUCACCCCCGACACCCACACCUAUCCUUUCCUCCUCAAGGCAUGCGCCAAGCUCAUGGCCUUCCGGGAAGGCGAGAAGGUCCACUCCCUCUCCGUCAAGAACGGCCUCGAGACCUCCGUCUUCGUCCAGAACACUCUCGUCCAUUUCUACGCUACCUGUGGCCUAUUUGAGAGCGCCUACAAGGUGUUCGAGGGAAUGGAUGAGAGAAACCUCGUCACCUGGAAUUCCAUCAUUAAUGGGUUCGCUAUCAACGGAAGGCCCAAUGAAGCGCUCACGCUCUUCAGAGAGAUGAGUCUGGAGGACAGCGGCGUCAAGCCGGAUGGUUUUACUAUGGUUAGCUUGCUCUGCGCCUGCGCCGAGCUCGGUGCCUUGGCACUCGGCCGGAGGGCGCAUCUGUACUUGUUUAAGGUGGGGCUCUGUGGGAACGUCCAUGUGGAGAACGCGCUCAUUGAUCUCUAUGCCAAGUGUGGGAGCGUUGAGGAGGCUUACAGGGUUUUCAACGAGAUGGCGUCGAAGACUGUUGUGUCUUGGACUUCAUUGAUCGUUGGGAUGGCGGUGAAUGGGUUUGGCAAGGAGGCGCUCGAGCUUUUCAGUGCAAUGGAGAGGGAGAGGCUGGUGCCGACCGAGAUCACAUUGGUUGGGGUCUUGUAUGCUUGUAGCCAUUGCGGUUUGGUCGACGAGGGGUUCAGGUACUUCAAUCGGAUGAAGAAUGAAUACAACAUAGUUCCAAAAAUUGAGCACUAUGGCUGCAUGGUUGAUCUCUUGGGAAGAGCUGGCUUGGUGGAGCAGGCACAUGAUUAUAUCAUGAACAUGCCAUUGGAGCCCAAUGCCGUCUUGUGGAGGACCUUGCUCGGAGCUUGUGCGAUGCAUAAGAGAUUGGACCUUGGGAAGCUUGCUUGGGCGCGGCUUGCAGAGUUGGAUCCAGGACACAGCGGAGAUUAUGUGCUUUUGUCCAAUCUCUAUGCCUCUGUCGGCCGGUGGGGGGAAGUCCAUAGGCUAAGAAGGAGCAUGUUGAAAGGAGGUGUGAGGAAGAUGCCCGGGCAUAGCCUCGUCGAAUUGGGCAAUCGUGUGCAUGAAUUUGUGAUGGGAGAUAGAUCACAUUCGCAGAGUGAUGAGAUAUAUAAGAUGCUCGAGGAGAUUGCGAACAAACUAAGAUUAGAAGGAUAUGCGCCUCGCACGACUAAUGUGUUGGCUGACAUAGAGGAGGAGGAGAAGGAGACUGCAUUGAACUACCAUAGUGAGAGGUUGGCCAUAGCUUUUGCACUGCUUAACUCUGCCCCAGGGGCACCUAUUAGGAUUGUCAAGAACUUGAGGGUGUGCGCAGAUUGCCAUUUGGUGACUAACCUUAUAUCAAAGGUUUACGAUCGGGAGAUUGUUGUGAGAGAUCGCAGUCGAUUCCACCAUUUCAGAGAUGGAUCAUGUUCUUGUAAGGAUUAUUGGUAGCUAUGAAGCCAACAAAUUUUUGAGCAUAUAGCUGCCAAGUUGAUUAUUUAUUUCAGUGUUUUUACAAGACCAUACUCAAAGCUUGCAUCUUGCCAAUAAACUUGACCUCAUGAUUUAUGGUAGAGUGAUAGCAGGCCAUUGGGUGGAUUUGGAUCAAAUUCCAUUUUGCAAAAAGAGUUGAAUUGAUGACAAAACAGAAGGUGUAUUUUCAGCAUCUAUUUUGUCGCAUUCAGUAUGUUAUCAUGAACUAAAUAGCAUUGAAGUACAAUUUUCAU